UUGGAAUUGAUGUUUGUUGUUUUUAUUAAAGUGAGGUUAGAAUACCUAACCAAACUAAUUACUUUUUAUGCUUUUUAUUAUUAACAUUUAAAAAUGGAUGUUAAUGAUAUAAAAGAAGGAAGUGCCAUCCAGUUUAAAAAGAAAGGUAAAAAGAAUUUAAGGAAACGAGUCAAAUCGGAAGAUAGUGAUGAAUCUGAUAAAGAAGUCAGAUCAAAACUCAGCGACUUGAAAGAAAUUCAAAAGUUACGUGAAAGACCGAAUGGUAUAAGUCUUGUUGGAUUAGCUCUUGGAAAGAAAGUUUCAAUGGCAGAUGAAAUUGUUGUUGACGACCCAUUUAACGUUCAAUCCGGAGGAAUGGUAAACAUGCAAGCUUUAAAAAGUGGUAAAGUAAAACAAGUUGACGAUGCUUAUGACACAGGGAUAGGAACCCAAUUUUCUGUUGAAACAAAUAAACGCGAUGAAGAUGAAGAAAUGAUGAAAUACAUUGAAGAGAAAUUGGCAAAAAGAAAGGGAAACAAAUCCGAUGAUGAUUCCUCGCAAAGCGAAUUUGAUGAUGAUGCGAAAAAAAUUAAAUAUUGUAGCCCUGAAGAAGCUGCAUUACAAGCUGUCCCAUCACAUUUAAGGGAAUCAUCAACAAAACGUUCUGAAGAAAUGUUAUCUAAUCAGAUGUUGAGUGGUAUUCCAGAAGUUGACUUGGGAAUUGAGGCUAAAAUUAAAAAUAUUGAAGCGACGGAAGAGGCGAAAUCGAAAUUGUUAUGGGAAAAACAUAAUCAAAAGGAUGGACCAUCCCAAUUUGUACCUUCUAAUAUGGCUGUUAAUUUUGUACAACAUUCAAGAUUUAAUGUGGAAGAUUUACCAAAAAGAAAACAUAAAAUUGAAGAAAAAUCAGGAAAUGCUGAUGAUAAAAAUAAAACUAAGAAGGAUGAAAAAGCUACUGAUGAUUAUCAUUAUGAAAGAUUUAGAAAACAAUUUAGGAGAUAUUAAGUUAAUUUAGUUCGCAAUAAUUUAAAUAUGUAUAAAAUGUUUCUAAUUAAUGAGUUAUGUUGAUGAUUUUAACAAUUAUUUAAUAACUUCUAUAAAACAUUUAUUACUACUUUAAACUUUAUCACAUGAUUUAGGCUUUAUUUUAUAACACAUUUAAAUGUAGUGUACUAUGAAUUAUCUUGGGUAAAGUCGCUAAAAAUUAACUUUGCGUCACCUCAUCGAAAAAGAUUUCCCCGCAAUAACGCAAAGUCUGCAAGACACCAUUAUCAAACUGUAUUGUAUGGUAUUUAUUGUCAAAUUGUAUUGGGUUAUACAGAUACUGUAAGAUUUCAGUGUAAAUAAAUAUCUAUCAAAGGUGACCUAAA